AUGGAUGCCAACGUCAAGCAGCAUUAUCUAGCCGAUUCCCCUCCAACGGUGGUCCGCUUGGAGAUCAAGCAUCACUUUGACAACCUCAAGGACAAGAACUUGAGGAAAUAUGCCCACUACAUUAGCAGGGCUGCAUUUGAGGGAACUCGUGUUACUCUUCGUCAAGUCUCCCCCGAGUCCGAACCGAUCUACGACCUGAUCCUGGCAUUACAUCGCGCCUGCGACGGAAAAUGGCCCGAGCUUGCUCAAAGGACGAACGUCAGCGAUGAGAACCUUCGCUUCUUCCUCGAAUAUUCCGCCCAAUUUCUUGGAAACUGUGGAAACUAUAAAGGAUUCGGAGACAGCAAGUUUAUCCCUCGAUUGCCUGUGGAUGCAUUCGAGGCAUUAGCCUCAGCAACACCUGAAACAAAAGCUGCUUUUGAAAAGGCCAAUACUACGGGAGGUGGCAUCUACGAGACGUCGGAGCAGUCUCUUAUGCAUCUUGGAUACCCUGAGGCUGGGCACAUGACUACGUAUUACCCCGACUCGCCGUCGAUCACCAAAGAUGAGAUUACGGCCAUUGGGGAUUUCUUUGAACAAAAGGGCAUGCCCUUGGAGAACACGAGGCUCCGAAAGACCUCCGCAGGAGACUUUGAGCUUCUGCUCGCUUCUGGGGUCUCAAACCCCCCGGCGAGGGAUAGGGAUCUGGGAGACGUCAGCUCUUUUAAUCUGGAUGGUGGGCUAAAGGGCAAGAAGGUCACUCUUGUUUUCGGUGAUCAUAAGGAAGAGAUGGCGAAGAUUGCGCACAGCGUCAAGCAGGCCGGCCUUCAUGCCGCUAAUGACAUUCAGAAGAAGAUGCUGGAUGCCUAUGCCCUAUCCUUCGGGGCCGGUUCUAUUGAGGCUAUCAAAGAGAGCCAGCGACUAUGGGUGAAGGACCAGAAGCCAGUUUUGGAGACAAAUCUGGGGUUUGUGGAGACCUACAGAGACCCUCACGGCGUGCGAGGAGAAUGGGAGGGUUUUGUUGCAUUGGUUAACCUUGAGCGCACACGGGCUUUUGGAAAACUUGUUGAUAGUGCCGAAAGCAUGAUCCCCAAGCUGCCUUGGGGCAAAGACUUUGAAAAGGACAAAUUCCUUAGCCCUGACUUUACUUCUCUUGAAGUGCUGUCGUUCCAGUCGUCGGGUAUUCCCGCUGGAAUUAACCUCCCCAACUACGACGAUAUUCGGCAAAAUCUAGGGUUUAAGAACGUCUCCCUUGGCAAUGUCCUAUCGGCCAAAGCUCCCAAUGAGCCCAUUCCAUUCAUCCCUGAAGCGGAUCAAGAAGUUUAUCGCCGUUGCCGUGAUCCCGCUUUCGAAGUGCAGGUCGGUAUCCAUGAGCUUCUUGGACACGGCACUGGCAAACUACUACAGGAAACCGCCCCUGGGGAGUACAAUUUUGAUGUCUCCAGCCCACCAAUCAGCCCCGUGACCGGCAAGCCCGUGUCGACGUGGUACAAACCUGGUCAAACCUGGAGCUCCGUCUUUGGUGCCAUCGCAUCUUCUUACGAAGAGUGCCGCGCCGAGUGUGUUGCCAUGGCUUUGAGCUGCGAUUUCAGCAUUCUCCAGAUCUUCGGGCUCGGAGAUGGAAAAGAAGAUAUCUCGAAUGAGGCUGGUGAUGUUCUCUUUGCGUCUUACUUAUCAAUGGCGCGUGCAGGUCUCGUCGCUUUGGAGUUCUGGGAUCCCAAGACCAAGAAAUGGGGACAAGCACACAUGCAGGCCCGCUACAGUAUCUUGCGCACUUUCCUCGAUGCUGGUGAUGAUUUUGUGAAACUCUCAUACACCAAGGAGGACCUUUCCGACCUCGAAAUUAGGCUAGACCGCUCCAAGAUCUUGAGUCACGGACGCCCAGCUGUUGAGAAGUACUUGCAGAAGCUGCACAUCUACAAGAGCACGGCGGAUGUCGAGGCUGGAAAGGCACUCUACGAUGACAUCACAUCAGUUGAUGAGUGGUGGGGGACUGCUUUGCGUGAUCUUGUCUUGAAGAACAAGAUUCCGCGCAAGGUGUUUGUGCAAGGCAAUACUGUUCUAGAAGGCGACGAGGUUAUUCUCAAGGAAUAUGAGCCGUCGCUUGAAGGUAUCAUUCAGAGCUUUGCGGAGCGCGGUGUCUAA